GCACCACCGGGAGGUUUUCGUUCAUUUCGUCUCUCUCUCUCUCUCUCUCUCUCUCUCUCAUGGCGAGGCGCUUGAUUCCUUCUCUAAACAGGAUUCUCAUCGAGAAAAUCGUCCCUCCAUCGAAAACCAAUGCAGGAAUUUUACUUCCUGAAAAAACGAACAAGUUGAAUUCUGGGAAAGUUGUUGCGGUGGGUCCUGGUGCUCGUGAUAGAGAUGGGAAUGUUAUUCCUGUUGCUUUGAAGGAAGGAGACACUGUUCUGUUACCUGAAUAUGGAGGGACUGAAGUGAAGCUGGGAGACAAAGAGUAUCAUCUGUAUAGAGAUGAUGACAUACUGGGAACGUUACAUGACUAGCAUCUGCAUCAUUCCAACGGGCUGAAAGUUUGAAGUUCCCCUAUGUUUCUCCUUGCCUUUGAAUUGAGGCAGUUUUUUAUAUUAUUAUGGAUGGCAUCCGUAGUUUAUACUGUAAACAGGAGUUUGCUUCUCUCUUCAAAGUAGACUCCAUGGAUAAAUGUUAUUGGAUUGCAUUAGAUAUUAGUGUCCUCUAUUUUUGUUUGAUAGAGCUUUUCUUUUUCAUAAUAUCAUGUGCAACAGCUUCUUAAUUCGUAUGGGAUCAUCUUCUCUAAAGUAUGUAUUAGAGCUUGCAAUGAUCGCAACCACCUCAAAAUUGGAUGGGAUUCAAAAUGAA